UAAUAGUGUGUGCGCGUGUGCGUGCGUAGCUCACCCUAGUUGCCAACUUGUCCGCUAGGGGGGAAAACUGAACCUUGGUUAGAAACUGCUUUUACUUUGUUUAGAUUCAGUUUCAGUCGCAGCGGAUCUGUUGUGUGGAUAACUGACUGUGCCGUGCGGUUAUAUUCAAUAAUUGAAAAUGUCGGGAAUUCUGGAGAACUCUCCCAACUACAAACUGAACAAGACAGUUCUGGACAAGUUCUUGUCGUUGCCUCAGCCUGAGAACAAAGUGCAGGCCACCUACAUAUGGAUUGAUGGCACCGGAGAGGGCAUUCGAGCCAAGACAAGGACUCUAGAUUUUGUGCCAAAGAGUGUUUCUGAACUGCCAAUCUGGAACUACGACGGCAGUUCGACCUACCAAUCGGAGGGCAGCAACUCUGACACAUACCUCUACCCAGUUGCCAUGUACAAUGACCCCUUCCAGAGAGGAAACAACAAACUUAUCAUGUGUGACACAUACAAGUACAACCAUCAGCCAACAGAGACCAAUCACAGAGCCGCUUGCUUAGAGGCUAUGACCAAGGCAGCUGCUCAGAAGCCGUGGUUUGGCAUUGAACAGGAGUACACACUUCUGGACAUGGAAGGCAGACCUUUUGGAUGGCCUAGGAAUGGAUUCCCAGGACCCCAGGGACCGUACUACUGCGGAGUAGGUGCCAACAAGGUGUAUGCCAGGGAUGUGGUUGAGGCCCACUACAGGGCGUGUCUGUAUGCCGGUAUCAACAUCUCCGGAACCAAUGCUGAGGUUAUGCCAUCGCAGUGGGAAUUCCAAGUAGGCCCUUGCGAAGGCAUCGAGAUCGGAGACCAGCUGUGGGUGGCUCGCUACCUGCUGCACAGGGUGGCCGAGGAGUUUGGGGUGGUGGUGACUUUGGACCCCAAACCCAUGGAGGGCGACUGGAACGGAGCCGGGGCUCACUGCAACUUCUCCACCAAAACUAUGCGCGAGGAGAACGGAAUCAUUGAAAUCGAAAAGGCGAUUGACAAGCUGUCGAAGCAGCACAUUCGUCACAUCAAGGCGUACGACCCCAAGGAAGGCAAGGACAACGAGAGGCGCCUCACGGGCAAGCACGAGACGUCAACCAUCCACGACUUCUCAGCUGGAGUUGCCAACAGGACAGCCAGUAUCCGUAUCCCCCGAGGAUGCGCGGAGGAGAAGAAAGGAUACCUGGAGGACAGGCGACCUGCCUCCAACUGCGAUCCUUACAGUGUUGCCAACGUUAUCGUGCGCACAGUGUGUCUCAACGAAUAAAUCAAACAACAUUUUGUUCCAAACGAACAAAACAUCAAAUAAAACACAUCACACAAUCACCAGACAGUGCCUGAACAGCUAAAUACAACAAAAAAAUAUGAACUAACAAUAAACGUGUACAUUAUAACUAGUGUUAACAUUCUAUAUUGAUUUUAGCAGGUUAUCAACUGAAAUCAAACUACCUACGCCGAAUUAAAGACAUAUCAGUGUUUUGCCUUAAUAAAGAAUUUACGAAUUUUUCAUUCAUUGAAUUUGAUUUUAACUACUUUACAAUUGAAAUCAAACUACGCCGAAUUAAAGACUUAUCAGUGUUUCUGCCUUGAUAAAUGAUUCACAAUUUUCUCAUUCAUUGAAUGAAUUUUCAUAUAAAUUUGAUUUUAUAUAGUUUACAAUUAUUGAAAUCAAACUACGCCGAAUCAAAAAACAUAUCAUUGUUUUGCCUUGAUAAAUCAUUUACAAAUAUCUUCAUUUAUUUAUUGAAUGAAUUUUCAUAACAAAGUUUCAUAAAAAUAUGAUUUCAGCUAGUUUACAAUUGAAAUCAAACUAACGGAUCAAAAACACUUGGUUUUGAAAUUAUUAAUACAUUUUUUUAUCUAAUAAUUUCCUAUAAAAAAUGUUCAUAUACUGUAUCAGUUUGUUCCAAGAUGGCUCUCUGAAAUCAAUCUACUAUAUACCUUUGUUUCUGGUAGCAUCCUAGUUCAAUGUAACUUUUCAAUUGUAAUAACUCUAUGUGGAUUACUUACAAUAUUUUUUGUAGACUUGGUGUUGAAAUAACUUCUAUCAUUCCAUUUAAGUGAGAAGAAUGAAUAUGAUUUGUUUGCUCUGUGAUUCAAGUGUUCGUAACUAUUUACAUAAAAAUUAUAAAGAAACAAAAAUUGAAAUGGAAAGGCCUACAUAAAUGGGAAACACUUUGCAGAUGAAUUCAAUCAUAGAGGAAAUUGGGCCUACUAUUUUUUGUAAAGACUUCAUUAAUUUCUGUAUUCUAAUUUCUUAUUCUAUGAUAUGAUAUUCAACAAUGAUGUGCAGGAUAUACUGAUGGUAUGCAGGCUACAUAAUACAGUAAAAUAUUUGUAAUUUUAUACAAAAUAGAAGGCUACUCAAGUUUUUAAUAAUUGGGUAGCUUUGAAGCAUCGGAAUGAGGGACUUUUCAUGUAAUUUUGUCACAAAAAAUGAGGAGAAUGCCGUUCAUGGAGCCUAAAUCUAAAUAAAUUGGUUGCACAAUAUUGGAAGACUGUUACUGUGAAAAAUAUUAUCAAAUCAGUUAGUAGAAGUGUGUGGAAAGAAGUUCAUCUUCUGUAAAUUUAUGUUAAACUUAAUAUCGACUUUUGAGGAGAAUCAUAUCAAGUCAAUUCGAUUGAAACUAUAUGCAUUUUGUGAUUAUAUAUCUAUUGUUGUUAAGUGGUCAGAAAUUAUAUUGAAUAUAUAUUUAUGUAUAUUUUAUCGAUUAUACGACUAAUGUUUCAAGAAAGGAGUAGGAAUUUUUGGGUAUAUAAAACUGUUUUGAACUCA